CCAUUCUCACUGCUUCAAUCUACUCCCAGAGAAGCCCUCACCCUCUGACUAGAUGUUUUCUCACACACUCUCAAGCCCGAUUCCGGAUCAGAAGCAUUUUUCACCCACUGUUCCGAGACGAAGCUCUCAGCCACCAGUGAAAGCUGCCAUCAUCUUCCUGAUCUACAACUGAGAACGUCGGUGUCACUUUACAGAGAGAAUCCUGGCUUCUCUGCAUGCCUCCUCAAUUGCUUGCUCCUCUACGUUUUGGACCGAGGUCUGGAUUGUCUGGAUGUAACAGCAAUUUUCCAGCCCAUCAAAGAGAAGGACGACUUACCUGAAGCGUCUUAUGGGAGGGCUUGACGACAGAAUCAAGAAGCCUUAAGCAGAUGUGGAAACUGGAGGUGACUUGUAAACUACUUCUCCCACAAUCCUCUGUUUUAACUCUAGGAGGAAAGGACAUUGAAAUUUCUCUUACAGCCUUGUUGCUCUCGGCCUGGCCAGACCAGCACAGCUAGGGCCUCAGGCACUAGAGAUGAACACCAGCACCUCUAACAGCCCAAGCAGCAGGGACUCUGGCUUCAUCACUCCUCUGGGUGGCAGAGCUUCUCAACAGGCCCUGCCCAGAGAUGUCAGCUCACUGGGGAUGGGGCUUCUUCCUGGACCCGCGGUGAACGCCAUGGGGGCUGGAAGGGGGCCACAGAGGCCUGCAAAGCUCCCCAGGGAGCUGAACCCCGAGGAGCAGCAGGAGCUGAGGCGAAGGAUCAACAGUAGGGAAAGAAAGCGAAUGCAGGAUCUGAACAUGGCCAUGGACGCCCUGAGAGAAGUGAUGAUGCCAUACUCAUCGCCUGCUGCCCAAGACCACCCCCACCAUAGCCGCAGGCUCUCCAAAAUCUCCACCCUCAUCCUGGCGCGGAACUACAUCCUGCUCCUGGGGUCAUCCCUGCAGGAGAUGAGAAGGCUGUUAGGUGAGGUGAGUGUGGGAAUGGGUGUGGGGGUCGGCAGGGGCGUAGGCCUGGGGGGAGUCACCCCACGGCUUCUCCUGGCGGGGAAUUGGCCCUUCCUCACCACCCCCGGUCAGCUUCUCUUCACUUCCGACUCUCUGCUGACCUCCACCAAGAGCUCCGUCCCACUCCAGCCAACAGAGGAACCUACUCUCGCCCAAGCCCAGUGGUCUACAGGAGAGGGACCUGGGGGCCAGCUUUGCUCCUGUGGAGCAUGUAAGCUUCCGCACGUCAUCCAUACCAGCCCUGGAACAAGGUACCCCAAAUGACUGAGAAAUUCCACUUCCCUUCUGUUUCAUCACUGCAGCUACCUGUUCUGGCAGAUAAACUUUACCCCAUCUAACCAGAAUGUACCUGUUAUUACUACUACUACUUACUUUUUUAGUAUGCCAAGAAUAACAUGUUAUGUUAUAUCAUGUUUUCGUCUAGUUUUCAAGAAGAACCGAUGCCCACUUUUAAAGGGAUUUCAGGAGACACACAUGAAUAAGCAUAGGUUAACAUGAUGCAUGCAUUUACACCUAACACACCUUUAUUUAAAAGUAGUUUGCUUAGAGUCUAAAACACUGCACUCAUUCCUGCACACGUUAGAUCGCUGCCUAUUGAAUGAACUGUUGUAGAAAUAGAUCCACAGUUAUUUUGUUUUUUACUCUUCAUUCAUUCUUUAGAUCUUAAUUAAUUUUGAGGCUUUUCUUUAUAGGUAUUAAAAUUGUUUCAAGAUGGAAAAUGUUUAUUUAAAAUUUUAACACGGUCAAAGUUAACUGGUUUCGUUUCACUGGUGCUAUUGGAAAAAGUGAUAUAAAAUGGUAGUAGAUGAUACAUGUGUUGUGUGCUGCAAUCCGUUUCACAU